AUGGGAGCUGACGGUGGCACGAUUGUCAAGAAGAACAACCAGAAGGAAGCAAUCAAAGAGUACAAACAUUCUUCCAGCCAACUUGUGGAACUCUCAUCCAAUGACACAUACAUGUGUCCUCUCUCACUGGAGGUCUUAGCGAGUCCAAUUGUGGGGGAUUACUUAGGCACCUUUUACAACAAAGACGCAGUGCUCCAGCUCGUGCUUGAUAAAAUGCAAGGGACAAGAACCGAAAAGUACACUCACUUGACUUCGUUAAAAGACGUGGUGGAUAUAAACGCCGUCUGGAAUGAGGAAAAGACCCGGAUCGUCUGCCCAAUCAUGAAUAAGGAGUUCCAGCCCGGGAGCGUGGGCAACGAGUUUGCUUAUUUUGUUCCGUGUGGAUGUAUGUGCCAGGCGAAGGUGAUCAAAGAGCUCGAUAGAAAGUUGUGUCCAGUUUGCAACGAAAGCAUCCAGCCACGUGACGUUAUCGCCGUGUUUCCUUCACAGGAGGAAGAGGUGAAGUUGGAGGAGCGAAUGGCGGAGUUAUCAGCCGCGAACUUGACGCAUUCUUUGAAGCCCAAAAAGUCAGAAAGGAAGACCAAGAAGCGGAAGGGUGAGGGCCGGAUGCCAGGGAUGAAAAAAGCAAAGAUUUAG